AUGGCCACCCAAUCGCAGUGGAAGCUGGAGCUGAAGCAGCUGCUAGGUGAGAUGUCCCCAGGGCCGAAGAUUGAGGUCUCCUCUGACCAUGACAAAGUCCGUGGGGGCGGCGACCCAGAUCCUCAGGCCCCAGUGCCCAGAGCCCUAAGCGACCUCUCUGGGUCUGGUGGCGGUGCUCCACGCACCGCCACAGCAGGUUCCUUGUCGCCUGUGGCCUCCGGCGCUAUUUCCGUCACUGGUGACGACCCCGGACAGCCCUUCUUGGAUUGUGUGCCAGCGAAGGGGCUUUCUGAUGUCCAGAGCACCCAGAAUUACCACACAUAUCCUAUAUGUGUGGUGCUCAAGAAGGGCCAAAGUGAGCAGACGACACCCGAGGGCAACGCAGUGGCAAUGGAGCAAGCCACGAAUGGCAGUAGCUCAGUCAGUGGGUGGAAGAGUCAGACCCCGGGCCCGGGGAAUGGCCGUCGGAAGAAGCAGCCCAGCCGCUCAGAGACUGCCCAGACUCAGAAGCCCGCAAAGCGCCUCCUGAUCGACGAGGUUCCCGAGCUUCAGACGUGCUCGCCUUUGCCGCCAUCUUCUCCAACAUAUCGGCCCAGCCGCGGCAGCCAUUUUUGGUCUUCUCCCGGAUGUCAAGCCGCCAGGCCAGGCCCAGCUCUCCGAAGCCACACCAACACACCUGCCAUCUGCCCGGAGGCUCCCGAACCAGGCCCUGAGGCCCGCUGCCUUAGAUCCAGGCGAGGCCCUGCCGUCUGCAGCCGCGCACCUGAGCCAGGCCCUGAGACCUACCGCCGUGUAUGUCGACGAGGCCCUGUUGUCUGCCGCAGAGCUCCGGAGCCUGGCCAUGAACGCCGCCGCCGCCGACGUCGCCGUCGUGCUCCCCACCUAAGCCCUGCCUUCCAGCGCAGCGCACCCGACCCCGGCCCCGAUGACGGCCUUCCAGCACCCCAGCCUGGCCCUGAUGGCAGCCUUGAAGCACCCGAGCCCGGCCCUGAGCGUCGCCGCCGCCGCCGCUGUGCGACCGAGCCCAGCCUUGAUGGCCUCCAACGCCAACGUGCUUCCGGUAGCCCCGCAUCCGGGUCAAGCCCUACCCUUCGUAGCGGCGGCGACAUCCACGAGGGCCCAGCCCUCCAGAGCUGCAGCACCACUCCGGGCUUUGUCUUCCGGAGCCGCCCCACCCAGAGAAGAUCUGGCCCUGUCCACCGCCCCUGUCUGUUUGGGGUGGGUGCCCCGGGUUCUCAUCCUUCCCCUGGGUCUGCUUUAAGAAGGCUGGUCUUUGAGAGCAGCUCUAGCUCUUCUGAUGCCGAGGGCCCAAGCGGUUCUCCACAGCGUGUUUGGCAUGCAGUCCGUAUGCGUGCCUCUUCACCCUCACCCCCUGGCCGUUUAUUUCCAUACCAGAUGAAGGCUGGUGAAGAGAGAGUUUCCUCCUCCUCCUCUUCCUCCUCCUCUGCUCCCUCUUCCCCUCAGUCUGCCGCUAGCCAUAGCCCUUUAUCCUCCGGCCAAAGCACCACCUCCUCCCCUGUGUGCCAGGUCCUGGCCUCCAUCUCCACUCCUAGCCCUUCUAGUCUGAGGCGUGCCUUGCUGCCUGACCUAGAAGUUCUGAGUCCUCUCUCUUCGGAUGAGCCAGAUGAGCUGGAGGAAAUUGGGAGUACUCCUACUCCUCCUCCCCAGUGUUCAGCUGCCAUGCCCGAUCCAUAG